AGGCGUACCGUCGUCGAGUUUCGAUCGCAUCCACGUCAGUAUAGGCUUCUCUAGCGAGGAGGUAACGAGUGGGUCAUGGCGUCGACGGGUGAGAAAGGAGGGUACAGUCAGUACAGCGACAGGAGGUACAGUUGGGUAGUAGACGUUCACUGGAGAAAAAAUUCAAUGUCCGUCUAUGUUUGAAGCAUCGUAGAUGCAUUCUCGUUCGUGUGGUCCCUCUCUGUCGGACGACUCUGCGGGCAACAACGUCGGCCAAGGUGGGAGGGCGAAAAAAGGAGGCGGAGCUUAGAUGAAUAGAAGGAGAGCGGGAGAGGGGGGCAAAGGCACCACCGUAAGCUUCUCUUCCUGCCUAGACUGGUGUCUGUGCGCUACAACAACUCAGCUGGUGUCUGCUAGCUCGUCCCUGAGAGCGGCCAUGUUGGUUUUCUCGUUCUCAGUUGCUGUACACACACACACGCAGAACGCACGUCAUUAACGAGCGAGUGAUGGUGGUGGCGGUGGUGGAGUCCUCCUCCUCCUCAGGUGCGCCUCCAGACAGUGAGUGAGAGACACUCUCGGUGUGUGUGUGUGUAUGUGUACAUGUGAGUGUUGUGUGUGUGAAAGUAGAAAGAAGAAGUAGUGACAAUCAUAGAGACAUAGAGCCAAAUGAAAAUGGGACACACUACACAGCAGCGAAACAGCAGCUCUAGACAGUCAAGUUGAAAAUACGCGACAACCGUAAUUGCAAGGGAAUCAACAAUUAGAAACUAACGAGAAAGUGAAGCCUGUCUCACUUUUGCCGGGUCGUCGAGCUCGGCACCGAAACCCUUCAUUCGAAAUCGAUUGGUCUCGUCGUCGUCGUUCAACAAACGUUCUGCACACACAGACACACACACACACACAAAUACAGUCCAACUACCAGUGCAGUCCAGUUUGCACCCCAAUCGUGUAAAGUUCACUCUGUUUGUUCGUUGACUAAUCUGGUUGGAUUUCGCAAGUGUCGUUUGGUGUCCAUGUGUCGUCCAAGGGGAAAACCCUGAGAGCAAGAAACGGGGUAGCUGCCUCGGGCGAGAUUCGCCAUUUUGGUCCCUUGAUCUCUACACCAUCUAUCCAUUAGAGCCACCACGAAGAUGAUGAUUCUCGAAUGAGGCCGUCACACAGCGAUCACAACCGACAUCUCUAUUGAUCCCAUCAUCAUCAUUGUCUUGUUGCAGCAGUGUGUGCUCAAUCGCUAAUCUUUUUACAACUAAACAACACACACAAAAAAAAGAAGUUUUGUUUGUUCCCUGAUUUGCUGUUCGACGAGAUUGAGUGUCUCUUGUUUUUAUCUUAUUUCUUUUUAAUUUGUCGAGUCGGUGGCGUCUACAGUGGCAACACCGUUUUUAAGGUCGUCGUGAGCGUCGCCAGCUCCUCCGCCACUGCAGUGGUUGUAGUGUAUUUUUGUGCCCGUUGUGCUAGUGACGUGCUGGCUCCUGCAAUCCCUGUGAUGCAGCAUCGUCAAGAUUGCUCUUGCAGACAAAAGACCGGCCUCGAUUCAACUUCGAGGCUUUCAUGGCUGCCUUGGGUGGAAGCUCGUUGUUGAGUGCCGCCGGUGUCGUUGGUGCUUCUGCCAGUUCUUCAUCAUCUUCUUCUGUGGCCGUGCACCCUUCGACGAUUAGCGCAUCAGUGUCUGCCGUCUUGUCGUCGUCACCUGCUGCCGCCGCUCCCAGCCGGGCCCAAGUGGUGGCUUCGCCCAUGCCCGAUCUCUCGCACUUGACCGACGACGAACGCCGGAUUAUCGAAUCGGUUCUUAUGCGACAACGUCGCGAAGAGGAACAAGAAACUGAAAUUGUCAGACGACAAGCGGACGAAGUGUUGCUCUUGGAGACGGCUAUCCGACAAAGAAGUGAACAGCAGCGGAAGGCCGGCGCCGAGUUAGACGCCACCUGCCAGCUUUGCCUCAAGACCAAAUUCGCCGACGGAUUGGGACACGCCUGCCAUUACUGCAACGUCCGUUGCUGUGCCCGCUGCGGAGGCAAAGUAGCUCUCCGAUCCUCAAAGGUGAUAUGGGUUUGCAUUUUAUGCCGGAAGAAACAGGAACUAGUGGUUAAAACGGGUAAAUGGAUACUACCUAGCAUCCCGGGACCUAUGCAACAACAACAACAACAAUCUGGUUUCGGUAGUGUUGGCGGUGGUGUGUCGAUCAACGACAAACGGCCACGACUGGAGAGGGCCGUCAGUUACGACAGAGAAAGUAGUAACGUUGGUGUCAGUGCUGGAUUUGGACAUCAUCACAGGACUUCUUCCACUUCGUCUGUCGAUCCAUCUCCAAUUCUGCGAAGUGGUUCCAGUCUCGCUGGAGGGCAACCAUCCAGUGCUCUGUACCAGAAUCCACAACAACAACAACAACAGCUGCAAACACGAGGGCAACUUCAACGUUCCGGUAGUUUACAGAGUCAUGGAACGAGUUCUUGGAGGAACAACGUUCCCCCUCACCAAAUAUCCUCCGAUCUUAUGGACAAUUCUCCCGCUAGAGGAGGCGGUGGACCGAUAGGCAGCGGAGGCGUAGCGGAAUACGGAAAUUUGCCACAGCAGCAGCAGCAGCAGCAACUGAUUUAUCCUUCUUCCGGAAGAGGUAGCAGCGUCCCUCUGACGGCCGGUAUGGGCAGCAGUUCCGGCCAACAGCACCAACAGUUCCGACGCGGUGCCAGCAGUAGCUCCUGGUCGGACUAUCGUGGUGACAAUUUUGACAAACUCAAUCCGCAACAGCAACAACAAUUGAAUUCGGUUCAUCCGCGCUCCAAUCCGUCAUUAGUGAAAGUGCGCAGCAGUAGCUACGAUCACGGUGACUACUAUCAGGACGAUUACGGUCGUGGCCAACGCAGUGACGCUGGCCAGCGGUUAGGCGGAGGUGUUUCAUCCGUCGAACGAAGCCUUCCGGUUCGUCCGCAACAGCAGCAACACUUGCGUCAGCAGCGACAUCCGACCCAUCAGCAUCACAGCCAUCAUCAUCAUCACCGACAACACCAAUCGUCUUCCGAGGAGGAGCUACGCUCCACGUCUGAGUGCACUAGCUGCGAGGAUGUCGAAGUCGAAAGCGAAUCCGUCAGCGAAAAAGGUGAAUUGGAUACGGUCAACGAUCGUUCGUGGCCAGCCAAUCAGGCCGGCGGUCGCCACCACGGCGGCGGCAAAUUCAAACAAGCGCAUCAGCACCAACUGCAAAAGCAACAGCAUCCGCCGGCGCCGCAACAGCAGCAUCCAGUCACGUGGCAGCCAAACAGCGACGGCACCAAAAUGAUUGGCCGCAUGAUACUGACGAAAAACAUGGCCGGCAUUGGAGUGGGUGGAGGCGGCAGCGGAGGCGGCGGGGGCCCGUCAGGCGUUUCGAGCAUUGGCAGUGCCAGUAAUCCGUCAUCGGCUUCCAUCCUCGGCCUCAAGGUCGUCGGUGGCAAGCGGGUUGACAAUGGCCGCUUGGCUGCCAUCGUCGAGAAGGUCAAACGGGGAAGCGUGGCCGACACCAUCGGACACUUGAGGCCCGGUGACGAGGUGCUGGAAUGGAACGGCUAUCCGCUGCAAGGACGGACGUUUGAGGAAGUGUAUGACAUCAUUUGCGAGUCGCGUUCCGAUCACGAAGUGGAGAUCAUCGUCAGCCGACCCAUCAGCGACGUUGGCCGUCCCAGUUCAAUGGGAGCACAGUCAGGCGGGUCUGCUGGACCGGGUGGCCAUCUCGGUCAUCAUCACUCUGGGUACGGUUCGGCUUCCGGCUCGAUAGUGGGUGUUGGAGGCGGUGGGGCCGGCAGUACACGCAGCGGUGGCAGUAAGGUCAGCAGUAACACCCAGAGAGAUCGGCCGGCCGUCACCGUCACUUCGCCCGCCUCGCCCGACACUCUCCACCCGUCAUGGGGCAAAGUCCAGGUGAAAUUGUGGUACGACGCAUCGAUCCAGCAACUGUCGGCCACGAUCGUUGGCGGAUUCGAUCUCCCGCCGCGCCCCAACGGCGCCCUGCGCAAUCCUUAUGCCAAACUCUUCCUACUGCCUGAUAAAAGUGAAAAGUCGAAGCGUCGCACCAGGGCCUUAGCGUCGACGCUUGAACCGCGCUGGAAUCAGACCUUCCUCUAUUCGCAUCUGCGCCGCUCCGAACUCAGAUCGCGCUUCCUGGAGAUCACCGUCUGGGAUAGCGAUCGAUUAGACACUGGACGCCUUAUUGGAGAAGUGGUGAUUGAUCUUGGCGCUGCACCGCUGGACGGUGAAGCAGACUGGUACACGCUGACUUCGCACGAAGAAUCCCUUCAAAUUCUCAGGCGGGCGGGAUUGCAGAUGUCCGAAUCAGCCACGUCUCCCGUCGGCUCUGUGGACCAUUUGUCACCGCCUUCAACCUCGUCUCGCCUCUCCGAUUCCGAACCAGACCCAUCGGAUCUGGGCGACGGGGAGGAAGGCGGCGGUGGUGGCGGCGUCGGGGGCGGUGGCAGUGCAGGAAUGGGUGGUCCACUUCUACCACCGUCGCGUCAUACCAGAGCCGCUCUCGAGCGCAGUGUCCGCAGUGACGGAGCUUCAGUCAGCAGCAUGGGCAGCAGUUCCAGUCCACCGUUGGAUAGUGACUACGCGGAACAGCGUCGGAGUAGGACGAGAACGGGCACGAUCGUGGCCUCCGAUGACAAGUACCUCCGAGGUGGAGGACCCAUUCUCGAUCGGUCUCGACCUCGCUCUCAUUCGGCAGCUCCGGAUGAAAUCGGCCACGAUCGCGGCCGGCUCGAAAGGACUCCAAGCCAACGGAGCAGUAUCUUCCACGACCGAGCCAAGAGUCCCCGCCGAGUCUCCGAACCGGGCCGUCGAAGUUUAUCGCCGUCUGAAGAACGGCUGCCGGAUGGAUCCGGUCGUGGUGGAAUGUACGGCGGUUCCGGCAUGCCGAGAAUGACCUCACGCUCGGCCACGGCGACUCCAACAGGAUCCCCGAAACGGCGACAUCUACCGCAAAUCCCGUCAGCGCUCCAACAAACCUCUUUCGCAAGGGUCAGACAGGACGUGGAAGAAAGGGCGCGAAUGCUCAAACUGAGAAUGGGUCAAAUUCCCAACUCUGCCUACUCCGUCGGUGGAGGUGGUGGAAGUGGUGGGGUCCGAUCAUGGCGGAUGUAUAGUGGCCACAGUGAUAACGACCUUCCGCCGCAACGCCACAGCGUCACCAGAGGCUCGUCGUCUGGUGGUCAUUAUUCCAGCAAAGGAAGCGGAAUGAGCCGGACCAGCCGGUCUCUGUCGGGAGCCGGACCUGAUGGUGGCAAGGUACUUUUGUCGCCGGACCGCGAAGGCAGAGAGAGGACUGGACCUGAACGUGGAGGCGGCGGAAGUGGCAGCGGCGGUGCGGGAGGCGGCGAUAGCGACGUUGAAAGUCUGGUCAGUUUCGUGAGUGGCACCAGUGCCUUAUCCACCCAGUCUGAACGACCAUCUGCCUACGUCAAACGUGUCGGAGAGCGCCGAGAGGAGAUGCUGACGGGCGAGCUGAGAGAUCGUGGAGGCCAGGAAGUCGGGCCAGCCAACAGCGAUGGCGGUCGCAGCGGGAGCAGCUUCCGACGGAACCAAUUAGGCCGCUCUCUAUCGCAAAGUGACGUUCCGGUCACAGAAAAAAACGACGGUAGCCUAAGUGACACGGCCUUGAAUAGCAGCUUACUCGACUGCCAAUUGCCCGAUCGUACAUCGUCGUCUUGGCGACGAGGUGCUUCCUCAUCGGCCUCCUCUUCCGGUGGGCUGGCGCACAGCAGCAGUGCGUCGCAACCACAGCAACCCUACGCCAACAAAUCGGAGAAGGGCGGCCUUUCGAAAAAGAGCAACUCCACGUCUCAGUUGUCAGCCACAGGUCGGAAGCGCAAAAUGGGAUUCGGUCGGAAGGACAAAAAUGCCUUCAGCGUCCACCGGUCGGAGGAGGUGAUGCCGCACACUCUGCGUCACCUGGUGAGGCAGAGCAGCAGUUUGAGCAGCUCCGAGGGCUUGGGCGAUGGCGAAUCGGGUGAAAUGAUGAUGAUGAUGAGAGGGACCGAACGAAGUAGCAGCAACAGCAAAACAGGAGGAAAAGGAGGCGGAAGUUCCUCCAGUAAUAAAGGAGGAGGUUCGUCCAACUCCAACAGCAGGAAAACGUCGCCAAGCCCUCGACGAGGGCCCAUGUCGAGCGCACCCUCCGUCGAGUCUGACGGCGACGGCUCACGUGAUAAAGACGGAUGGGUGGGCUUAGCACGGUUAACGGCCGAAACGGCUGGAAGCGGACCACUGGCCGAUUUCGUCGAAGGUUUAGGUCCCGGUCAGCUAGUUGGCCGGCAAGUUUUGGCCGCACCGGCCUUAGGUGAUGUUCAACUGGCAUUAUGUGAUCGCAAAGGACGAUUGGAAGUCGAAGUCAUUCGGGCUCGCGGUCUACAAGCCCGCACCGGGUCCAAACUACUGCCAGCUCCAUAUGUGAAAGUGUACCUGGUGAGCGGUAAACGCUGUCUAGCCAAAGCGAAAACGGCCACGGCUCGACGGACGCUGGAUCCGCUUUACCAACAGCAGCUUUCAUUUAGUAUUCUCUAUCAAGGAUGUGUUCUACAGGUGACGGUCUGGGGUGAUUACGGACGGAUAGAAGGCCGCAAGGUCUUUAUGGGUGUGGCUCAAAUUUUGCUGGACGAUUUGGACUUGUCCAACAUUGUGAUCGGCUGGUACAAAUUGUUUGGCACGGCGUCGUUGGUCAGUUUGCCGCCACCUUCAUCACAGCCACAGCAGCAACAACAGCAACAACAGCAACAACAGCAACCUCAACAAUCACAACAGCAACAACAGCAACAGCAGCACUUGCCGCGGCGAAGUUCCCAACAUAGUCUCGACUCCGUCGGUUGAAAGUGUUGCAUCAUUUUCAGACGGAGAAAUGAAGAACGGAGUCCCAGCCGAGCCACUCAGCCACAUCCACCAUCACCACACGUGUCCAUCACACAUCCACAGCAACACCUUAAACCUUGGCGUGUUCAAAUGCAUGUCGUUUCUUCCUUCCUCCUCAUCCCGCGAUUCGAUAGUUGUUGCUUUCCUUUCCUCGUCCUAUUCUCUCUUUCUCCUGUCGCCUCCCCACACAACUGUCAACUUCUUUUAUUGAAGCAGCUCUCCUUCUUAUUCAAUUAGUCAAAGAAAAGAAAAAAAAAAUACUAACUAAUCACGCCUUACAGGUGGCGAAGCUGUCCAAGUCCGAUUAAAGUUCUCUCUUUCAUUUUGUCCGCUCCCCUCUCGUUAGAAAGUCUCUUAUUCUCGACUUUCGUUAGUCCGAAUUGGGAGAAAGAAAUUCAAAGAAAAAGUGAAUACGAAGAAGAAAGGAAAGGAAAGAAAAUGCAGACAUCGAACACUCCGUUCGAUCCGGCAUUUUUUUUUUUGCAGUGGCAUCUGGACAAAUGGAUUUUAAAAAAGAAAAAUAUUGAAAAUCAUUCCUAAUCUGUGUUAUUGAUUGUGUUGUUCCAUCGUUUGACAAAGCCAGUAUACUAUAAAAUUAAUCAACAAUAUCUCUCUCUAAAACAAAAAAUCAUGGAAAAAAAAAAAUAUCCCCUUUAUUUCUUUCCCGAACAUCCUCCAUGUCCUUGUUUCAAAGACUGUCGGUUGCGUGUUAAAUGCAUAUCUCCCGAUCCUGUGUGGUGUUUGCGAAGACGAUUGAGCUCAACGCGGAACGGUUCAUCUCCAUGGAUUCUGCGGCAUUAUUCCGGACGAGUCCCAUAAUCUGUUCUCUGGUUUUGUCUUCGUUUACCACCCCCCCAACUUUUCUUUUUUUUUUUUUGGCUAUGGGACUCUCUUGCGUUUCCUACGUGCCGAUUCAUUGUCGGUUCAUCGGUCUACGCUGAUUUGUUUUUUCUCUCUUGUUUUUCUUUUCCAACUUGAUUUCAUCUUCGUGCUCGAAUCUUUCAUCAUCCAAUUUUCACAUUUCUCUCUUGUUCUUCUAUCUUCUUCAUCCAGCCUCUACCAUCCUCCUCGUGCCCCUCCUUUCAUCCUUCAGCUCCUUAUAUUAAAAUUAUAAUAAGACUUCAAAGAUUUUAAACAAAAUUAAUAAUAAUUAACGGUCGUUGGCUGUUUGAACCAACUGAUUUAUGCCCUUGCUUUAUUUGCAAUGCGGUUGUGAUUUCUCAUGUUGUAGUGGACAUUACAGAGCAUCAAGGUAAAA